CCACGCUGUGUCUUUUUCCUUAUUAAAGGAGUGGGCAGAGGCGUAGUUGGAGCAGCAAAAAGAAGGCAUCAUAUCCACCCGCAAACACUUGUUGUAGUUUUCUCAUCCAGAUUUUUCUUUAUUUCCCUAGCUAGCUAAUUAAAAAACAAUCCUUCUUUUUUCUUUCUGUAAGCAAUAAACAAAACCAAUCACCAUUAAUUGAACUGUUGUGCGUGCAAAUAUGCAACUGAGGAAGAUGGAGUGCCUGCCUUCUCGUACCGGGCGUGACCUGCAGAGGUAUAAUGUUCAAGGUUGCCGCCAAGUUGUUGGCUGCAUUCCGUACAGGAUAGCCAAGCAAUCAUCCAUUCAUGGGACCCGCGGCCCCAUUGAUGAUCUGGAAUUCCUCCUUGUCAGCUCUCAGAAAAGUCCAAGGAUGAUGUUUCCUAAGGGUGGGUGGGAAGUGGAUGAAUCAUUGGAAGAAGCAGCAAUUCGAGAAAGCUUCGAGGAAGCUGGGAUUUAUGGAGAAGUUGGGAAAUGUUUAGGUAAAUGGUUUUUUAAGAGCAAGAGCUUAGGAGUGUUACAUGAAGGUUUCAUGUUGCCUUUGAUUGUUAUGGAGGAGAUAGAUGAUUGGCCUGAGAAACAUGUACGCCAACGAUUAUGGGUGUCGUAUAGUGAGGCGAUAGAAGCAUGCUUUCAUCCGUGGAUGAAGGAAGCAUUAGAUGUGCUGGUAACUCAGAUCACCCUUCAGCAAGGAGGUGGGGAUGAGAAGACGAAGAAGAAGAAAGAUCACGAGUCUUCAAGAAAGGGAGAAUUGGAAGAGCCCCAUCCCCAUCAUCAUCAUCAGCUACUGUCACUCAAAGAAGCCCCGACGAGCUGUUCCAUCGAGUUCUUGAGGACCGAGUUGAAUGCACUUCUUUAGCUGGCUAAGCUAAUUACCUUUAGGAGCGCAGCAUGCAUGCAAUUCAUGAUUAUAUCCCAGCUAGAAUAUAAUUGGAUGGGUUUAAUUGGUUAAUUGGUUUUGUUUGUUUCCAGCAAGUGUAUAUAUUUUGCAACCGAAUUAGGGCUGCGGGGUUCACAUCAAAUUAAGUUCCGAGACAACCGCUUCUUUAAUUCCAUCCUA